AUGGAUCACGGAAAAGAUCAAACCGCUACCGUUACCGAUAACACUGAUGGUGUUCUUGCUGCACAAACAUCUCCUGUUGUUGUUCCCAUUGUGUCUCCACACAACUUUGCCAAAUACUUCCCUGAUGUUUCAAAGGUGGAAGUUGUUGGUGGACAAAAUUUUAAGAGAUGGCAGGAACAUAUUUUUUCUGCUCUUGACAUGUAUGGUGUGGCAUCUGCGCUAACAGAUUCAAAACCUGAUGAAUCUUCUUCUUCUACUCAACAAAAUCAAUGGGUUUAUGCAAACAAGGUGUGUAAGGACACUAUACUAAGUACUCUUUCUAACGAGUUGUUCGACGUGUAUUGUUCUAAUAAAAAAGCAAAGGAAAUUUGGGACUCGCUGCAUGCGAAGUAUACUGCUGAAGAUGCUACCAAACAAAAGUUUGUUAUUGGUAAUUUUUAUAAAUGGGAGAUGACCGAGGACAAAGAUGUGAAGAUGCAAAUCAACGAGUUUCACAAACUAGUUGAAGAUCUUAAGUCGGAGAAAAUUAUUUUGCCUGAGCAGUUCGUGGCUGGUAUGUUGAUUGAAAAACUACCGCAAUCUUGGAGUGACUACAAACAAAAUUUGAAGCACAAACAGAAGCAGUUAUCUCUUGAUGAUUUGGUGAAACACAUCAUCAUAGAAGAUACCAACCGAAAACAAUCAGUUUUUGCCAAAGGAAAAGAGAUCACCACAAAUGCCAAUCUUGUGGAAGUCAAGAAGUCUCGCAACAAAAAUACCAGGUAUGAAAAGGAACCUGGUUACAAUCUCAAAGCCAACAAUCAAACUUUCAAGAAAAAAGAUGAUAUUAUUGUUGCGGUCAUUUCCCAAGUGAACAUUGUGGCUAGUGUGAAUGACAGGGUGAUAGACUCUGGUGCUACUAGGCAUAUUUGUGCCAAUAAAACUGAUUUUGUGUCUUGCACCCAAGUCAAUGAGGGAGAAGAAGUGGUGUACCUUGGUGAUUCAAGAACUGCUCAAGUUCUUGGAAAAGGAAAAGUUCUUCUCAAACUCACAUCUGGAAAAACUUUGGCCUUAACUGAAGUUCAGAGUGAAAAUACUAGUACUUGA